UCUGGGAGAGACAAACCUCGUGACCAGUGAAUCGUUACAAGUCGCCAUAAACAAUUCCGUGUCGGAUCCACUCGAUGAUGCCCCCCCAGUCAUGGGCGAGGAGCCAAGCCACCUAGAACACACACAGGACUCGGGAGAGAUACACAUCAGUGGAGUGCAACAAGUUGUCAUUACUUCCAUUCGCGCAACCGAUCUCGCUCUUGGUCUCCGACGGAUUUCCGCUGGCUUCCAUGUAGUGAUCAAGGAUGACGGUGCUGAAUAUCAGACAAGCAAUAAAUCUGCACACGUAGACCGAGCUUCCGUCAAAUGGCACGAGCGCAUUAUCCUGCCAUGCGAGCCAUCUUCUAAAGUUCGGGUCAGCGUGUAUGCCGCAUUUGAAAUGGGUGCCAUGCUCUGUCACGGAGAACUUCUCCGCACAUUCGAGAUCUCCGUCGGAGAAUUACUCGAUCGCAGCGAAAGGUCGCAUCCCAUAAUGUUUCAACCGAAACAGGAGGAAGUCGUAUCCGCUUGUACUUCACUAUUCAUGACGGUGGAGCAGCGGCUUUCUGACCAAAACGACGGCGAAGUUCUUUGUCCCCUUAUUACCCUUACAUCUCGCGAUUUGGAUGUGUUAGCACAAAGGACGGAUGCCGGACAUCGUCUUCUCGCACGAUACCGCAGGACGCAGAACAAUAGUGAUCUCGACCGAUCCAUAGAUCACUUCGAACGCGCCUCGGACCUCUGCCCCGUGGAUCAUCCCUACCGCCGUGCAGCACAAUUCAAUCUAGCCACCGCAAAGUUCAUUAGUUGCCAAGCCAACGGAAGAUACCUCGGCCUCGACAUACCUAUCUCUCUUUUUCAAGACGCACUUGAUUUGUGUCCUACUGGUCAUCCAGACCGACCGACCACCCAACUCCAUCUUGCCAUUUCUCUGCUUUCUCGCUUCGCGAGACAGGGAUCUCGAACAGACGCCGACACGGCUGAAGAGCUACUGAGCGAAGUGCUUGAUGUCUGUCACGCCAACAGCCACAUUUACAGAGCAGCUUUGAUUGCAAUAGAAACAUCCGCUCUACAUUCUGCUGGAAGCAUGGAUGUAAAUGAUCUUCAACGGAGGCAGCCUACCGCAUCCAUAGUUCCGUUAUCGCCAAAUCAACUUGUUCAUCGAGCAGAGCGGUGUUUGCAGAGAGACGAGCCCCGUGCCUUAGAUGAAGUGAUAUCCCUUCAUUAUGAUGCACUGGGAUACUACAACACUGGUAAUGCUUGCCGGUGGCAAUUGCUAUGUAACCUGGGUAUAAUGCUGCGAACUCGCUUCGAGCGUCGAGGCAAUGACAAAGAUUUGGAUCAGGCCAUCACACUUCAGAUGGAAGCACUGGCCUUACACCCGGUCGGUGACACAGAUCGGUGCACGUCAUUAAACAACCUCGUGAAUCUACUCUCCUCCCACUUCAAGCACCGAGGCAACGAUGAAGACUUGGAUAAGGCUAUCGCACUUCACAGGGAAGCGCUGGCCUUGUGCCCCGUGGGUCACACAGGUCGGUCCGUGUCAUUAAAUAACCUCGCGAAUCGACUCUCCUCCCGCUUUGAGCACCGAGGCAACGACGAAGACUUGGAUCAGGCUAUCGCACUUCACAGGGAAGCACUGACCUUGCACCCCGUCGGUCACACUGGUCGGUACAAGUCAUUAAAUAACCUUGCAAAUCAAUUCUUUUCCCGCUUUAAGCACCGAGGCAACGACAAAGACUUGGAUGAGGCUAUCGCACUCCAGAGGGAAGCGCUGGCCUUACACCCGCGAGGCAACGACGAAGACUUGAAUCAGGCUAUCGCACUUCACAGGGAAGCUCUUGCCUUGCGCCCUAUCGGUCACACAGAUCGGUCUAUGUCAUUAAAUAACCUCGCGAAUCGACUCUUCUCCCGCUUUAAGCACCAAGGCAACGACGAAGACUUGGAUCAGGCUAUCGCACUUCACAAGGAAGCGCUGGCCUUGCGCCCCGUCGGUCACACAGGUCGGUCUACGUCAUCAAAUAACCUCGCGACUCUCCUCUCCUCCCGGUUUGACCAGCGAGGCAACGACGAAGACUUGGAUGGGGCUAUCGCACUUUACAGGGAAGCGCUGGCCUUGUGCCCCGUCGGUCACACAGGUCGGUCCGUAUCAUUAAAUAACCUCGCGACUCGACUCGACUCCCGCUUUGAGCACCGAGGCAACAACGAAGACUUGGAUCAGGCUAUCGCACUUCACAGGGAAGCACUGGCCCUGUGCCCCAUCGGUCACACAGAUCGGUCCAAGUCAUUAAAUAACCUCGCGAUUCUUCUCUCCUCCCGCUUUGAGCACCGAGGCAACGACGAAGACUUGGACAGGGCUAUCGCACUUCACAGGGAAGCACUGGCCUUGUGCCCGAUCGGUCACACAGAUCGGCUCGCGUCAUUAUGCAACCUCGCAAAUCGACUCUCCUCCCGCUUUGACUGCCGAGGCAAUGACAAAGACCUUGAUGAGUCACGAGAGCAUCUACGAUAUGCAUUGACUGUGUUGACGGAACAUCAUCCUCUUCAAUUACUAGUUCACCGCUCGCUGGCUAAGGUCUAUAUGUCGUUCCACCGUUCAGGCCUUGACGACACCGUCACAGGUGAUGAUAGUGAUAGUCUGAAUGCCGCCAUGUAUCACCUCAAGGCAGCAGCCAAUGUUGACUCUGCAGGCUUGCUAUCCCGCUUGCGGGCAAGUCUAAGUUGGGUUCGGGAUGCUCGUCAAUAUUCACAUGCCACUGACCUGGAGGCAUAUGCAACUUCCAUGCAACUUCUGGACGCUUACAUGUCUACAACAGCUUCAGUAUCGUCUCGCCACAAUAUUAUGAAGGACUUCCCAAGUACACUUGCCACUGAUGCUGCAUCGUGUGCUCUUCGCAGUGGUGAUGUGUGUCGCGCUGUUGAGUUGUUGGAACAAGGCAGGACCAUCAUCUGGACCCAGAUGACACGACUCCGCACCCCUCUUGACAGCCUGCAGACUCACGGCGAUCAUGCAGUAGCCCUGAUGCAGAGAUUCAGAGACCUCAGCUCCCUCCUCGAUAAACCUCCUGCGAAGAGUCCAGAAGGAAACCAGAGAGUCGAUGUGGAAGCAGAGGGAACUCGGUACAGACGUCUAGUGCAGGACUGGAAUAGAGCUGUAGACGAGAUCCGGAAAAUCGAGGGCUUCUCUCGCUUCCUCCUUCCCCCCUUAUUCUCCGAUCUUCAAGAUGCAGCUCGUGAUGGGCUCAUCAUUGUGCUCAUCGCAAGCAAGUCGUCGUGCCACGCCAUUAUCAUCCCGCACAAGCAACCUCCGACUAGCAUUCAACUCCCUACCGAUUUGCUGAAACUCAUCAAAUUGGUAAUGGCACUCCGAGCGGCAGUUGAAAAAGAGGCUGGUCCUAAAGGGAACCAAACAGCGCUCAUAAAAGCUUUGAGAGAGUUGUGGGAUGACGUGGUCGGCCCGGUGGUCGAAAGUCUGGGCGGAAUUGCACGACGAGGUUCCCGAAUAUGGUGGUGCCCAACGUCCCUCUUCAAUUUCCUGCCAUUGCAUGCUGCUGGCGAAUACAAGGCAAAGGGACAUUCCCUUUCGCAGCAGUACAUCUCUUCAUAUACACCAUCACUCACCGCGUUGAUCAAGGCUCGCGAAAGUCAUGACAGGUCCCCGUCGGUGCCCUUCGUUGCCAUUGGUCAGGAUUUCCCAGCCGGUGCCGCAUUCACUUUGGAUGCUGUGGAGCCUGAGCUGGAGUUGGUGCGGAGCCUUUUACCCUCUCCCCCAACUGUUUCCUUCUCCAAGAUAACCAGUGCUGAUGCCACAAAAUCGAGAGCACUGUGCGCGUUGCGAGACAAUGCUUGGCUCCAUCUAGCGUGUCACGGGACACAGAAUAUUGUCGAACCCUUCGAGUCGGCCUUUCUUAUGCGCGACCAGCCGCUAUCGCUCCUCGACAUCACACAAAUGGAUUUGUCUCGGCAUCAAUUUGCAUUUCUUUCUGCCUGUGAAACUGCAGUGGGUGACGAUGAUACUCCUGAUGAAGUAAUACACCUAGCGGCUGGCCUGCAAUUUGCCGGGGUUAAGAGCGUCAUUGGGACAUUAUGGAAAGUCAACGAUAGUACCGUGCACCGCUUAGUCGAGGCAUUCUAUAAAAACUUGUGCGGGGACGGCACAAUGAAUUCCAAACGAGCUGCCCGGGCGCUGCACCGAGCGGUCCAGUCGUUGGCUUGUGACACGGAUAUGCCCUUGGACCAGCGCAUAGUGUUCGUGCAUAUUGGCAUAUAAUCAAUUCCCGUCCAGUCAGAGCCACGCACAAUCUGUUACUUGCCAAGGAGUUCGAUAUUUCAGACUUU